AUGCCUAGCAUGCGCCUCACGAUCCUUCACUUGAUCACUUUCUUUUCUUUCUUCACCAGCUCCUUUGCACAAACGGCGUACGCAAACGAUUUCGUGGACCCUGAUUACAUUUUGGCAAAAACCUACGGCAAUCACACGUAUCUCGCUCGGACAACCGCCGUUUCAUGGGCCAAAACUCUAGCUGCGAAGGGACCUUGGUCUGUUAUAAACAAGGCUGCCACCCCGCCUUCAGGGGAUAAGCAUGAUUUCAUGAGUUGGGCGCCAUACUGGUGGCCAGACUGUUCGAAUGCGGGAAAUACAACCGCAUUGACUCCUGAGCAAAUUUGGGUGACAUGCACUUAUGUCAAUAAGGAUGGACAAUUCAACCCUGAUGUUCGCCUUGUGAACAAUGUCGGCGACUUCCAAGACUUUGCAGAGGCGUCCUUUUAUAACGCGAUUGCAUGGGCGAUGGAUGUUGACGAUAAAGCUACAUUUGAGGCAAACGUCGUCAAAUUCAUCAGCGCAUGGUUCCUCGAUCCGGCCACGGCAAUGAACCCGAACCUGAACUUUGCGCAAAUGCAGCGCGGACCAACAGGGCAAGUGGGAAGUCGUACUGGAGUAUUGGAUCUCAAAGCCAUGGCAAAAGUGGCGUCGGCAGUGUUACUUCUUCGCAAAGGGAAAAGUACCGCAUGGACGGCAGAUAUUGACAAUCAGUUCAUUGAAUGGUCACGGAAAUAUAUAACGUGGCUUGAGAACUCCGACCUCGCUAUCAAAGAGAGGGAGUCGAAGAAUAAUCAUGGAUCCUUCUACUACAACCAAUUGGCUGCUAUGAAGCUGAUUGUAAAUGAUGCUGCUGGUGCGAAGGCAGCAACGGACGAUUAUUUCAAAGGGAUCUACCUGGAUCAGAUUUCGGCGACUGGAGAACAGCCGUUGGAAGCAGCGCGUACUCGCCCGUAUCACUAUAGAGCCUACAACCUUGCUGCUAUGAUCACCAACGCAAGAUUGGCCAAGUACGCCGAUCCAUCUUCGACAGUAUGGAAUACGACAACCACAGCGGGUGCCACAAUUAAGACUGCUUUAGAUUUCGCAAUGACCCUUCCUGCAUCAACCAGCGGCGAAACCAGCUACACUGAAGAGCUCUAUCCUGACGUAGCCGCAGUUGCUUCCGUGUACGGCGACCCGGAUGGAAAAUAUCUGGCUUUUUUGAAGAAGGGUGAUCCUAAAUUCAUUGCUCAACCUUACAUUGUGUGGAAUCAACCAUUCGCCGAACAAGAAACGGGUGGUCUGCCUCCUACCAACACUGGGAAGGGCAAUUCGGGUCCCUCCACUCCCAAGCCUAAAAGCGGCAGCAACUCUUCAGCUGACGCGACGAGUGACGCUAUAAGUCAUGUCUCCUCAUCCUGGAUUAUUACUUUCAUUACCUGCGCGUUAGCGCUGGCAGUUGGGAUUUCUGGCGCCCAUGCACCGGAGCCCAUCAUUCAUGCUGAGGCAUUCAUAAUGGCGUAA